AUUUUGUAGAAGGAAUGGCAGGAAACACUAUGGCACUGUUAAAGGGCCGUCUAUCCCGAGCCUGUUAUCAGAGAGAGAGGGCGGCAUAUUGCCACACUUCACUGACUAAACUCUACCUGUGCGUGCAUAUUUUAAACAGUCUGAAGAAAAAGGCCUGCCUACUAGAUUUUUUUUCUUGAAUGGAAUAAGGAAAACUAACAGGCUUCUCAAAUCCAAAAGUAAUUGAUUAGUGGUGUUGGGAUUUUUGAAAAAUUCUAGAAAUUGAGAAUUUUUAUAGUGUGAACAAAUUAUAUUUUUAUAAGUUGCAUAGUUUGGAGAUUUUUAAAGUAUUUCAACUUUGAGGGAUUUGAUCAUAUGUGAUGUGAAAUUUGCAGCAGUUUCAUGGAAAAGAAAUUUUUCAAUGUAUGAAAAAUACAUUGAGUGAUAUUUUGAGACAUUUAUUUUAUUGUCCAGUGCAUUUGACAUUUUUAGACCCCAAACCUUAGAGCUAGUGGUCUGUGUUUACCUUUGAUUCUGCAGUUGUAAUUCAGACUUGGAAUGUUUACUGAUUAAAAAUACGAGCAGAUUUGUUAACAACUUGACAGGAAUUGAAACCUUCCAGUAACGAAAAGGAAGUGAUUGGUCUUUGUACAAAAUUGAAGGCUCCAGAGCAGUUCAGACAUCAUUAAAGGUAAUUAUUUAUAAGGCACAUAAUGUAUCUGGGAUGACAGGUGUGACUUUUGAGAUCCAGUAUGCCUGCAGCAGGGAGGAUCAUUAUCCACUGUAUUCUUCUCAGUAUUCUAUUACCAAUCCCAUCAGCUGCAGUUGAAGAACUUGGAGAAAAACCAUUCCCUAAAGAAUAUGAUUUUAGAUAUACAGAUUUUGAAGAACUGGUCACAGAUUCUACAACAUUCCAGAUCUACACUCAUCCUGACAUUGUAGGGUCAGUCCAGGCCACUAUAGACACCACCAGAGACCAGCUAUUAGUGGGAGCAAGAGAACAGCUUUGGAGAUUUUCCCUCAGUGAUCUUAGCUUAGAGGAGAGCUUGGAAUGGAAGUCAGAAGACAAAGAGAGCUGUGUGCAGAGGGGACAGCAAGAGAGUGACUGUUACAAUUUCAUCAAAAUUUUACUGGUAUACCAGGACGACAUCUUAGUGUGUGGCACCAACGCCUUCAACCCAUGGUGCACCUGGAGGGCUGCUGACAAUCUGACAGAAGUAAGGGAGACCAUCCCCCGGGCCUAUGGCUUCUGUCCCUUUAGUCCCCACCAUAACUCGACAGGAAUCAUCACCAGUCAGCGAGACUACAUCAGCGCUACAUCAGUAGAUAGUGCCCAAAGAAUACCCGUCAUUUACAGAAUCUACACACACAGCAACGAAAAACUCAGGACACAACAAAACUCCAAGUGGCUCAAUGAGCCUGAUUUUGUAUCAGCUUAUGAAAUAGGAGACUUUGUAUACUUCUUUUUCCGAGAAGUGGCCACGGAAUAUAUCAACUGUGGCAAGAGAAUCUAUGCAAGGGUAGCAAGAGUAUGUAAGUCUGACAAGGGUGGAGAGAUGUUUUUCAAGGAUAACUGGACAACUUACCUGAAGGCACGAUUAAAUUGUUCCAUUCCUGGCGAAUACCCAUUCUAUUUUGAUGAAUUACAGAGUACAUAUCUAUUAAAACACAAUAAUGAAAGCUUGCUGUAUGGAGUUUUCACAACACCCGAUAAUGCCCUUCCUGGAAGUGCUGUGUGUGUAUUCAAUAUGUCCUCCUUCACUGCAACCUUCAGUGGACCAUUCAAAUAUCAGGAGAGUGCUAAGUAUGCCUGGGAAAGACAUUCAAACAAGGAACCCUUGUUAAGGUGUCCAGAUAGCAGUACAAUGAAAAGGUCCUUUCAACUGACAGAGAUGGUAGAGGACCAGAACAAGUAUCAGAUGAUGGACAUGGCAGUACAGCCUCAUUCUCAGUCACCUGUGUUACUGGGGCCCUCUGAAAGGUGGUCCCAUGUGGUGGCAGACACUGUAGUAGGAAAGAAAGGAACCUACAAUGUGAUCUUUGUGGCCACCACUUCUGGUGUGAUCCGUAAGAUGUUAAAUCUACCGACAGAGAAGGAACCUUGUCUGAUAGAGGAAAUCAAAGUAACUCCUAACGGAGAUCAUAAACCAGUCAAACAACUCAGAAUCUCAAAAGAACAUAAUGCCCUUUAUGUGUUCACUUUAAAAAAUGUGAUGCGAAUUCCAUUAUACCGGUGUUCCAGAUUUUCCACAGAGAGCCUCUGUCUGAAUGCAAUGGAUCCCUACUGUGGAUGGGAUUCUGGGAAGGGCAAGUGUUCCCCAGCCCCCAAUGGGGACCCCACUUUGUCCUUCUGGAAACAGGAUGUGACAUCAUGUCCAGUACAUAAGCACCCAGUUGAUGGACAGUGGUCAACUUGGUCACCUUGGACCUCUUGUAGCCAGUCUGGAAAUAACCCCUCUUCUGGGAACUGUCUGUGUAGGUUAAGAAGCUGUGACAGUCCACCUGCUCUAUAUGGGGGUCAACCCUGUCAGGGGUCAGCUGUUGAAGUUGCCAAUUGUACAAUACAUGGCCAGUGGUCUGAUUGGACGUCAUGGUCCAAAUGCUCUACAACUUGUGGCAGUGGUCAGCAGACCAGGUCAAGGUCAUGUUCAAACCCACCGCCAAUGAAUGGAGGAGAUGAUUGCAAACCUCUAUCAAAGGAUGAGGAAUUCAAAGCAUCAGUUCGCCCCUUCUGUGUGGGCAAUCCAGCCUGUCCUGAACCACCUGUGGCUGGGAACUGGUCAGUAUGGACACCAUGGUCAGAUUGUACAGCUAAAUGUAACGGGGGAAUUCAGAACCGACGUAGGACCUGCACAAAUCCUCUACCACAGAGAGGUGGUCUCCCUUGUGCAGGGAACACUAACGAGUGGCGCAUGUGCAAUAGCUACAAAUGUAAAGAUCAGCAAAAGCUUACCCGGUGGACACCAUGGUCUAACAUUAACCAGACUGUCAGUGGUCAUUGGGAACAGAGGUAUCGAUUUGUCUGCACAGCGAGUGUCCCAGAUCCGAAUCUCAUCCGGUCCAGCCAUAUCAAAACUCACACUCGCUUCUGUCUGAAAUCAGACAGCUCAUGUUACAGACCAGAUAAAUUAGAAUUUAACUCUUCGGUGGACGGUGAUUGGUCAACCUGGAGCACGUGGUCAGGCUGCAGUGCCGACUGUGGGACAGGGAUGCAAUGGAGGGCAAGGUCAUGUGAUAAUCCUGAGCCAAUAGGAUUUGGACAAGAUUGCCAAGGUCUUUCCUCCGAAUUCAAAACUUGCAACGAUCAAGAGUGCAUUGCUGCAUGGGGUUCUUGGUCGGACUACUCGGUGUGUUCUGUGACGUGUGGACAAGGGUCACAGACCCGUUUCCGGUCCUGUAGUUUCCCUCAAGCUGGAUUCAACGGCAGCGUUGAUGUCACCUGUGUUGGAAUCAGUGAGGAAUCUGUGCCCUGUUUUCAACCAGUCUGUAAUGAUACUGGACUUUGGGACCAAUGGUCUUACUGGUCAGAAUGUAACUCAGACAGCAUACAGUUCCGACAUAGAACAUGUCGUGAACACUUGCCAGAUAUAUGUCGAGGUUCAAGCGUUCAAGCGCAGAAAUGUUUUUAUUUGGGUGAAGGGAGGGCGUUGAAGUACACCUCCAUGGGUUACAGACGUGAUUACACGCUGAUUCAUUUGACAGUGAUCGGGUGUGCAGCCUUUUUCAUGGGGGUAGUAAUUUGCGUUGGGAUCUACAUCUGCUUCCACAACUGGAAGAGUAUCAGAAGCUACGACAUACAGAAACCCGCCAAAGGACACGUGUACGAUAAGCCCCGAUUUGGAUCCUUUGCAUCCCAACUCAGUUUGGAUUUCUUAACAGUCAACAAUAAAAUCUAUGAUUCAUGUACCCUUUCAUCACGUGGUACAGCGGUGGUCAAAGAUAGUACAUUUAAAAAGGAUAAAUAUAGAAAUUUUUCAGAUAAUAUGUAUGCAACAAUACGGACUAAUUAUUCAUUAAGGACGGAAGUUUAGU